AUGUGCACGGCGCCGUCGCCGCCGCAGCCGACAUUGACGCUCGCCUCCCUCGCUCGCGCCCUCGGCUGGUCCGCACGCUCCUCCUGCCCGCGCCAGGGUUUCCAGCUCGGGGGCCUCCGGCAGCCGCCCACGCCACCGCUACCACCGCAUGUCCACGACGGUGAGGGUGGGGCGACAGGAUUUGUUCGCAGCUACCUGACUGCGGCCUCGUCGGCAGCUCUUGGGAAGCCAUCCGCGGGCAAGACCGUGGAUUGGAGAUAUGUCCUCGCCAGCCCACAUUUCCGACGCCUCUUCUCGGACGGGUCCAAGAAGAACUACGAGAACUAUUACCCCAAGGGUAAGAAGGAGGUGCCUAAAGGAGAUGGUACAAACAAGUCUGAAUCUAAGCAGGAAUCCAAUACAGAUGAAGGAUGGAAUUUUCAGGAUAAUGCUAUGAAACAGAUGCAGAAUUUCCUUGCGCCUUUAUUGAUUCUUGGCCUGAUGCUAUCAUCCAUGUCAUCUAGCUCCGCAGACCAGAAGGAGGUGAUUACUUCCUACUUUGUUAACCUUGUUCAGAAUAGUUCUGCAAGUUGAUAGUUUCAUUUGUUAUUUUGUUCCUUUCCUGGUAAGCUAUGUUUGUUGGGUUAUGUUUUAGUCCCCUAAGAACUGGUACUCUAUGUAUGUUUGUGUUGUUCACACUUGCAA